AUGAGGACUGAAAUGUCAAGAUUGAUUGUAUUGGUCAUCAGCACUUUCACUAUGCAUAUCGCUGCUUUACCGCAAUUUGCUAGUCAAAUCCGCCCACGUUCCGGUGUUCCAUUGCCCAGUGUUUUGCGCUUUGAAUCCCGAGCCUCGAUUAAGUUGCCUAUAAAUUCAACCGCGAUCUUGAAUGCUAUUCCCACCAGUUUCAACUUGGCGCCUGCUAUAAGUGUGGGAAGAAAAAUCAUUCCAGAUGCGGCUCAUCCAUUUAUUGCACCCGGACCUACUGAUGUUCGAGGCGGAUGCCCAGGACUCAAUUUGUUAGCCAAUUAUGGAUUUCUCCCUAGAAACGGGAUUACCGAUAUGACUACAUUAUUAUACGCAGCGGAAGAAGGUUUCGGCUUCUCGACAGACUUGGCUUCAAUCUUGGUAGCCUUUGCUUUGAAAACAUGCGUAGAUUUGACGACUCUGAAAAUGUCUAUUGGUGACACGGAUGCCAGGACCGAUGGUCCUUUGACGUUUUUGUUAGGAAGGGCACCAGGAUUAUUCUCACCUACGACUCACAAUGAAUAUGAAACAACGGACGAUGCCUACUUCGCGGGGGGGCAAACAGAUCAAUUCAAUGGCUCGAGAUGGAGAACCUGGUAUCAACUAGCAGGGUUGAUUCCAUGUUUGCGAUUUGACAUCAUCAAGUACAAUUUGUGUCGAAACUCAAAUCCUCAGUGCCAUUGGGCUGUAGUAGACCAGAUUGCGUUCUAUAUCGCCCAAUGCUUGGUUCCGACUAUCAUGCCGUCAGCUGGAGCGGACGGACUGCCCGGACCAGCAUUGUCAGAUUCCAUCAAUCAGUUCAUGGGGAUAGUGAAACAGUCCGAUGGGACUUUUACUCGUGGGCAUUCGCAUUUCCCUCCCGGUCCAGAGGGCGUUUGGUAUAGACGAACGAUACCACUCACUACGGCCGAGCUCGCUGUAGCUGGUGCUCUCUCGUUGACAUCUCUUUGCCUGAAUUUGGCUCUAAUGAUGGAACACUCGGGAAUUGGAAUGCUGACCCAACUCAACUGCCAAACGUGA